UGUUGCACGAGGUCGAUUCCGUCCUCUGGAGGACAAUGGGAUAGAGGACUUGGUGAAGAAAAUGAACUACAGAGGAGAGCAAGUAACUUCCAGCCUCCAUUUGUUUAGCUCUGCAACCUGAAAGUAUUGCAGAUUCUUAAAAUACCGGAAAAUACAUGCCCGGUUUUCUGCAAAAUGGAGCAUUGGCCACUUACCGAACCCAAAAAAAAAGAAGAGACGAGACAAAGCCCAAGUGAAUACAGAAUGGGCCUGAGGCCCACUCAUGGUAUGGCCGUGGCCCAUUUGUCUAUAUUGUAGGGAAAACUUUAAUCACACCCCACCUUUUACUAAAGACACCCCAAUUUGAGUUGACCACCCCUUGUAAAACUCAGUUGACGGGGUGUCUUUAGUAAAAAGUGGGGUGUGACUAAAGUUUUCCAUAUUGUAGUGUGGGCAAGUCCAUUUACCCCGCAAUGGACUUUGUGACUGAUGAUGGUGAUUUCAUUAAAUUGGUUACGUUGUGGAUUGUAGAUUGUAGUCCUUAUCGAACACACUUUCCAUGGAAUAAUUAGGAGAGUUUGAUCAAAUUGUUGUAGUCGAUCACAUCUACAAUUGAUGAUGUGUCAAUGCGAGUCCACCGGCAACCUUUAAGAGAGAGAUAACGGUGGUAAGAGUCUUUGACACCGGUGUGGAGCCGAUCGAUCUCUAACAAUCAAAUUAACGAUUUUAAGGUGGAUCUAUUGUGAAAGGGUAAAUUGUUAAAGGUGAAUUCUUAGUGAAAAUAUUUCUCAAUGCAUCCAAAGUGAUGUUUGGGGAACCCAUAUGAUAAUGCGAGUUUCGUCAAUGGCACGUGGAGCACCGCAUGUCGGGUCAGGAGAAAGUCUGAUAACACGGCUCAAUGUCAGGAACAAAAUGGAUGAGUGGCUCGAGGUUGACUCAUAUCCUUUCAACCAACAUAUAAGAUGACAGCUUGAGAUGGGGUGCUUUGACGUUGGGCCAAACCUUUUGGGUCCGUGGAGCCCAGUGAGCUUGUUUGUACUUGUGCUUGGGAGCCAUUGGGCUGUAUCAGGGCUUUGGGACAUAGUAACUUGUGGGUCGUGGGCUUGUUUAAGCUAGCCUAGUACAGUAGUACUCUAGUAGUCUCUUAGGCUGUGAGCCUCUAAAUAUGGGUCUAUAAAUGCUCUGGCCGUGGGCCUGUAAAUAUUUAGGUCGUGGGCAUGCUUAGCUUAUGUUUGCAUGCAAUUGGCACAUUUGAAAGCUUAGUUGUGCAAGCUGAAAAGAAGGGAGGGCCAUAGCUAAUUAUGUGUCUUGAGUAUAUUUUUUUUUUGAAAUAUCAUUGAGAAGAGAAAUUUGUUUUCCAUUAGAAUCGAACUUUGAACACACGUAUACCUGAUCCAGCCGAUUGUCAAUUGUGCCAAUGCUUCUUGGUUUGUGUCUUGAGUCUCAAUUCUUCGGUCUUCCAACUGAAAUGGACAUAUUUUCUCAAGUAAAUGCACCAGUCUUCACUCUCCCAACUGAAAAUGACAUAUCUUCUCUUAAGUAAAUGCACCAGUCUUCACUCUCCCGACUGAAAUUGACAUGUCUUUUCUCACCCACAAAAAAAAAAAAAAAAACAAAAGCUAAUGUGGGAAGAAAACAAAACCCAAAAGUCCUCGUGCUCAUCAUUCACCAAUACAAGCAAACCAUCUAUUGAGGAAAAGUAUGCCACACCCUCUUCUUGACUUCCAAGGUGUUCACCUCCAUAAUCCCCUGUUUCCUCAUUCCUCUGUUUCUGUAAAUGGUUUGUGAUCAUAGAAAACUACUUCUGCCACCAAAAAUCUGUCCGAAUAGUGCUGGUGUUUUAUUUACUUGUGCACUUUCUUGUAAUACAGAAUCAAACCGACUUGGGUUUUGUUGGGUUCUUGUUUAAAUGUCUGUCCAAAAGUUUGUAGUCUUUCGUGAUCGUCCAUCCCCACCACCGCUGCCACGGCCACCAUGUCUGAUACCAGUACCGCCUUCAAGGGUUCCAAACAAGGAUGAUGUAAAACCUGCCCUAUUUGUUCCAAUAUUCUUGCCUAUUGUAAUUACUGCCGUUGCUCUUUUCGGGCUCAUAUGGCAAGGUUGGAGAUUUUACAAAUAUAGGCAGAACCAGAACGAUUCGAGGAGAAUAAGGAAUUCUCCAAUUUUGUUCCACACCCAAGAUAGUUUUCGAGAUGAAAAUCAAGGGCCAGGAAUUGAUCACCCAAUUUGGUACAUCAAUACUGAGGGUCUACAACAAUCAACAAUUGAUUCAAUCACAGUCUGCAAGUAUAAGAAAGAUGAAGGGUUGAUUGAAGGCACAGAUUGCUUUGUUUGCUUGAGUGAGUUUGAAGAAGAUGAAAGUCUUCGUCUUUUGCCAAAGUGUAGCCAUGCCUUUCAUAUUGCUUGUAUUGAUACUUGGUUGAGAUCACACAAGAACUGCCCAUUGUGUCGCGCCCCGAUAGUCAGUGACGACUAUGUUGCUCAAUCCUCGGAGGCAAAUUCAAAUGAUUUGGAUUCAAGGGAGGAUGCAGAAGAGGAUAAUGUAGUGAACAAUGACAGUGAAUUAGCAAUCGAACAGAUGGGAGGAGAUGAAGUGAGGAUUGAAGACCAUAAUAAUCCAGUUGAGGCUAAUAACACUAAUGUUGAAGAUUUGAGAAAGAAAUCAAAACAUUUGAUUUCGAGGAACUAUCCUUCGAGGGUCCAAAGCGAUUUAGCUGAGAAUCGACAAGCAUCGACAGAAGGAGGAGUACAACCUAGGAGAAGGUCAGUAUCAAUGGAUUCAUUAGUGUCAAUUAAGAACUUGAAAUCGAAGAUUUAUUCCAAGCGAAGGAGUGGAAGCUUUAGUAUGAUUAAACUGGCGAGGAGUUCUUCAAUUGAGCCUAUUUUGAUGAAAAGGUCUUCCACCUCAAGCGGGAAGGCCUCUUCAUCGUCAGGACGUAGUAGCAGCCAUGACUCAAUCCUUCCAUUGUGACCUGCUUCUUUUGAAGGACAAUCAUCUGCCAAAUAAGAAGAAACACAAGCUAUUCCGAUCCUCGGACGGGGAUGAUGGUUCAUGGAACAGAUUGUAAGUGCAUAUGAACAGAUUGUGCAAAUUUGUCCUACUGCGAGUGAAUGACUGCAGCCGCCUCAGUUUUUGUGAACAUGCAAUUUUGCAUUUCUUACUGCAGUUUAUUGUGUCAUCUACAAAUAGUGUGUUAAUUCUAUUGCGAAAAAGUCUCAUAUCGCUAAAAUAAAAAGUUUGAUGGGUAGUUUAUAACCGCGUUUGUUUAUCGUCUUAAUAAACGCGUUUUAAGGUCGUGAAUACACCCUGGAAGCUC